UUUUAACAAGUACAAAGCAACGACAAGCACGCACCAGCCCGUCUCCAAGGUGUACUGUGUUACGAUGAUCGUAACACAGCUGCGACAAUACUAUUAUCGCAGCUAGCUCAGUACUGAGCGCAUAGAGGCUUCGUUGGGAGCGCUUUGCCCUGUCAUUCCGUGCUCCCAGGAGGGCUGAAGGACCCGCUUUCAGUCACCCACACAGUCCAAUGGGUUAGAAGCCGGUAAAUAGAGACAUCUGGCAACGGUGCGCAGCGACAACAACAUCGCACAGGAACAAACAAACCGAGACGAGUUGGCGACCCGUAGCGUCCCUGUGUGCGGCGUCACCUCGGGCGGGGCACACACACACAGGCAGCCCACCACCUCCCACAGCUCCCCACCUCCAGGCACGGUGAAGGGAGACCAGGUGAACCAUGGAGGAGCCAGACCCACCCAAGGAAGUGAACCGGAUCCAGACCUUUGUGUUCUUGGACAUGGAGAGCACUGGGCUGCCGAGGGACAACCCGCGCAUCACAGAGCUGUCCCUGGUGGCUGUGUCCAGGGCCCACCUCCUGGAGAUGAAGGAGUCCAUGACUGGCUCACCAUCCAGCAGUCAGCCCUCCAGCCACCAGGCCGCUGCCACACUCACGGUACCAAGCUCCUCACCAGGUGCAGGUAGGUCAAAAAGAAAACUCAUUCCCAAGGUGCCUCGAGUGUUGCACAAAUACACAAGACUCUAUUACCCUUGGAAAGUUAUAACUGCUAUUGUGGAAGGAGUGACUGGCCUCAGUAAUGAAAUCCUGGAGCACCUGCCAAGCUUUACCGAGGCCAGUGCAGAAGCCUUGAAGCUUUUCCUGGACCUGCCCAGGCCUGUGGCACUGGUGUCCCACAAUGGUAACCGGUUUGAUUUCCCCCUUCUGAUGGCUGAGCUGAAUAAAGUAAACUGUGUCGACAAGUUUGUGGACCUGCAGUGUGUUGACACCCUUAUUGCAAUCAGGGACAUUGACGGCCUGAUAGAGAGGGAAGACAUAUCGGAGAUCACCAAGUUGGCAGAGUCUUUCAGCUUUGACAACUUUGAGGAUGAGCUCCCAGCGGAGGCGUUCAGCCCCAUCAAACGCUCACGGAUAGAAGAGUCUGAUGAGGGGGAAAGCAGCUCUAUAUCCAACACUCCCCCCAGCCCCCUGGAGUCAUCCCCCCACAGCCAAGGCAACGACCACCAUGCCAUGGAGGUGUCUGCUGAGCCUCUUGUGACCCCCAUAAAGAAUCGCCUGCCCAGACAGACAUCCAUGCCCACCACCCCUGCCAAGCCAGCCCAGCCCCCACCCCAGCCCUGCACCCCUGGCACAUCCCAGCCAGGCAUCUCAGGCUUCCAGCCCAAGGUUGCCAAGGGAUCUAGUAAGGUGCGCAGGACCCUGACCUAUGGGAACAGUGGAAGAAAGGGCAGGAAGAUGCCUUACAGGCAGCCUGUUAUCUACAGCCGACUCUUUGACUCAGAAUAUGAGGCUCACCGGGCGGAGGAAGACUGCAUUGCCCUCCUGACCAUCUGUGGCCACUAUGGGAGCAAACUGGUGGAGUGGGCGGACACCUUUGCCACCAGCUUUGCAAGUGUGAAGCCCAUGUGGGAGAAGAGAAAGUCUUUCCACGCAAGCCAAGAGGGGUAGUGUAAUGUCAUGAAAUAUAGAUUUUACUUUAUCAUCAUAGUUAUGCAUGACUAGACACCAGGCAUGUUAUUUGAAUUUUUAGGUUAAACAAAGACAUUAUUUAGCGUGUAUGUUGAUUGCAUUUUAGUUAUAAUUUAAAUUAUGUAAAGCCACAUUUUUAUUAUAAUUUAAAUCUAUGGAAAGCUGUAUUUUAAUUAUAAUUUAAAUCUUUGUAAAGCCACAUUUUAAUUAUGAUUUAAAUCUAUCUAAAGCCACAUUUUAAUUAUAAUUUAAAUCUUUGUAAAGCCACAUUUUAAUUAUGAUUUAAAUCUAUGUAAAGCCACAUUUUAAUUAUGAUUUAAAUCUAUCUAAAGCCACAUUUUAAUUAUAAUUUAAAUCUUUGUAAAGCCACAUUUUAAUUAUGAUUUAAAUCUAUGUAAAGCUACAUUUUAAUUAUGAUUUAAAUCUAUGCAAAGCCACAUUUUAAUUAUAAUUUAAAUCUAUGUAAAGCCACAUUUUAAUUAUGAUUUAAAUCUAUGUAAAGCCACAUUUUAAUUAUGAUUUAAAUCUAUGUAAAGCCACAUUUUUAUUAUAAUUUAAAUCUAUGUAAAGCCACAUUUUUAUUAUAAUUUAAAUCUAUGUAAAGCCACAUUUUUAUUAUAAUUUAAAUCUAUGUAAAGCCACAUUUUAAUUAUGAUUUAAAUCUAUGUAAAGCCACAUUUUUAUUAUAAUUUAAAUCUAUGUAAAGCCACAUUUUAAUAAUUUUUAUGAUUUAAAUCUAUGUAAAGCCACAUUUUUAUUAUAAUUUAAAUCUAUGUAAAGCCACAUUUUUAUUAUAAUUUAAAUCUAUGUAAAGCCACAUUUUUAUUAUAAUUUAAAUCUAUGUAAAGCCACAUUUUAAUAAUUUUUAUGAUUUAAAUCUAUGCAAAGCCACUUUUUUAUUAUAAUUUAAAUCUAUGUAAAGCCACAUUUUAAUUAUAAUUUAAAUCUAUGUAAAGCCACAUUUUAAUAAUUUUUAUGAUUUAAAUCUAUGCAAAGCCACUUUUUUAUUAUAAUUUAAAUCUAUGUAAAGCCACAUUUUAAUAAUUUUUAUGAUUUAAAUCUAUGCAAAGCCACUUUUUUAUUAUAAUUUAAAUCUAUGUAAAGCCACAUUUUAAUUAUAAUUUGAAUCUAUGUGAAGCCAGAAAGAUAAAUUAUAUUUUUUACCAGCUGCUGACCUCAAUAUUUAUCUCAAAUGUUUAUAUUAAAGUUCAUAAUAUGAAAAACACAAAAGAUGAAUUUAUUUAAUAAUUGACUCAAAAUAGGGUAAGGAGAUUUUUCUGUUUUGUGAAAUUAAUGCAGUUUCAAUCAUGAUAUAGUUAAGGUGCUAAGUAUAUUUUUAUAGAGGUGUUGACAGCUGUGUGUGCUCCUGUAGGGAGUCUGACCAUCAUGCAGCUUGUUUCCCACUGAGGGCCACGGCCUUCAACUGGACGCUGUGUCUGUCCAAGGCCAGGAGUGUCUAGGCAGGAAUGUGUGACUAGUGUGGCUGUGGUGUGUGUGUGUGUGUGUGUGUGUGUGUGUGUGUGUGUGUGUGUGUGUGUGUAUGAACUAUAUAUUUUUUAUUACCUAAUUGAAUUACAGAAUGCAGCACAUUUUGACUCAACUUUUGCUAAAAUCUCUACCUUAGGAGAGUUCUGUGUUCACCACCAGCUUUGGCUUUCAUCCUUUUAUACUAACCAGCCUGGUGAACAAGCCUACAACCUUGCUUUCCUUAACCCCUUAAUGAGGACGAUGCCUCUGGGGUCAUAUAAUUUUUACUGGCGUAAGCAAUGAGCGCAAUGCCAGCGCCGGAGAGCGAGAAACUCUAUGGAAAUUGAACGCUGCGUGUAACUGUGCAUCUGUUGAUUCUGAGUGACUAAUCGGCACUUCUUUUGUCCCUCAGACGACUCCGUGCUAAAAAUAGUCUACAGUUCCUGCCUACGCAUCGUGGUGUCUGCAGAGCGAUUAUGUUCCCUCAGCCGAUCUGUUUCGGCGGUCUUCCUUUAGUUUCUGCGUCAUUUGUGUGCUGAGCGUAGUCUUGACACCUCCACUGAUAUACAUGAUGUUCUAGAUGAACCAAUAUCUUGUUCACAUGAGUGUUCAGAGGAAGUUGGAAUUUUUUGGGAAUCGUGGAAUUCCAGCCAAACGGUCAGUCCAAAUAAUAAUCUGAUUUCACAGUUGAGUUAUACAGAUGAUGUUCCACAACUCUUAUUCAGUGAGAUUCAUUCCAGAAUGAAAAAACUACAAAAAUGAUUUUUCUGGUUUCACUGCAACUUUGGCUCUCUGUAAGCAGUAAAUUUCCUGGUCAGAGAUUAUAAACUAUAUUUUUCAGACUCCAUCGUGAUAAAAUGAGCAACUUUUCUUCAAUAAAUUUUCCUGUACAUCGCACCAGUAUAAAGUUUGAAUUUUUUGGGAAUCAUGGAAUUCCAGCCAAAUGCGACAACUUAGAAAAAACAGAUUUCACAGCUGUGUGCGCCAAAUUUUUUUCUGUAAAACAUCUUUUAUGACUUUUUCUCAGUUUCAAAGUGAAUUUUUUGAUGAAUUUUGCGUUUUGGGGGAUCUCCCAAGACAACUUUUGUGGUUUAUAGGAGUUGAUGACCCAGAGCAGUUAGUUCUGACCCCUGAACUUAUCCAUGACCACCCUGGAGACACACCCAUCACUAGGCAUUCAGUUUAUUCUGUUAUGUAUCUCUUUCAUUCAUAAGCUCUAGAACAUCAUUCCCUCUUCUGUACAUCCUCUUCCCUCCAACAUGAACAUUUUAAAGGAGUAUUGUGACACCUCUCUAACUGAAUCUGACCCUCUCCUUUGAUUGCUUCACUGUCCUCUGUGUGUGGCAACAGCAUUAUACUAGGCUUUUUUACCUUUAUUAUCACCCUUGAGCAAAACUGGGCACAAUAACAGAAAACCUUAUUCCCGAUACCCGAUAAUUGAAAACCGGAACACUGGCACUCACUCCGUCACUCGAGACACAGCUGAGAUGCCACACGCCGCGCCGCUGCAUGAUAACACAAGCCGCUGGUCUUUGUUUGCGCUCUGUACAAUGGAGUCACAAAUUUCAGGCAGUGAAUAAUCAUUUUUGGGGCAAAGUUAAAUGAUUUUUCUCUUUGAUAUAGUGUUUUUUGAGUAACAAAAAAAUAACCCAGUGUUUUAAUAUUGAUGAUCUAAGUAUGAAAUCUCUUCACCGAAGAUAUUUCAUACCCCAAAGUUUUUUCACACAACACCGGGCGCCUGGGCCACGCAUGCGCAGUAGGGAGGAGACAACAUUUUUUUUUCUUUUGAGAGGCGGAAAAUAGUAGCGAUUAUCGGUAGUUUGGUUACAAAAGUAAGGAAGAUACCAAUAUAUAUAUAUAUAUAUAUAUAUAUAUAUAUAUAUAUAUAUAUAUAUAUAUAUAUAUAUAUAUGUAUAAAGUAUCACGAUAACUUAUCACGAUAACGCCCAGCUGUGCCCUUGAGCCGCCUCCUUUGUUUAAAGAUAGUAAUAAUAAUGUGUCCAUGUGUCGGUGUGCCUUCAAUCGUUGUGUUUGGUUACAUAAAAGAAUUUUUGGGCAUUUGCUUAAAUGAUCUCUGAAUGAGUAGAGCAUAGCAAGGUUAUACUCGUGGUGGUUGUGCCUUUGUAUAUAGUAUCUGUAUUUUGCAUUAUUGUAGUAUGUAAUUCUGUAAGUUUUACACAAGGGAUUUUAUAUAUUUAUAUACACAAAAUUUUAUUGUCCAGAUGAUUUUAUGCAGUGUGUAAAUCAGUUUUAUGGAGUUUUGUUACUCAGAGACUGACUGCACCAGUGGUGCAAAGAUAUCUAGUAAGAUUGUCAUUAGGUUGUGAAAAAGGAUUAUAAAUAAAAGUUGGGGACGUACACCAAGCUGUGUGUGACCUCAGUGUUCAUCUGUCUCAUAGGCCCUUGAGCCUAUACCCCCAGCCUGUUACCCCAGGGUGCCGGGCAGGUUAGAUAUAGCAUAAGAAAAUAUUAAUUCUCAGGCAGAGGUAGAUAUGUGAAUCAAUUUACCUGAAAAUGUUAUAACUUUAAAAGUGUGACUGGUUGGAAAGAAGGCUGAAUAGGUGUUUGGAAUAUUAGGGACAAAUUAAUUCACACAGUUGCAAUAAUGUCGACCUCAGGCCAGCGUCAGUGAGUUGUUCUGUCCACUACUUACCCUCAUCGUCCCGACACAAAAUGUUACGGUUUUUAGUCACAAUAAAAAUUGGAAUGGUUA